CAUAAGGUAAUGGAGCUCAACACAUGUUAGCUGACAUUAUAAGUACUGCUGAGAACAUUUUAGAGUAGCACAAAUGCCAGGACUCCGUUUAAAACCGAAAGCUUUGACUGAGCUCUGUUUGUAAGAAACCUAGCAGGAGGGGAAACGAAACCGAAAGCAGGCGGCACAUUUCCCGGGAGUUCAUGUUUUCUGCACCCUGUCUGUGUGUUUCACUGCGUUUCACUUUGUAUACACACAUUGUCCCGAGCUCACAUCUUUAUUCUGAACCAUGGACCACGAUCAGGAGAAGAAAACCAUCGACUGCUUCAGAAACCGACUGAAACAGCUGAUUCGGGUCGCCCCUGUUCUGGAUGUGCUACACUUCCUAAGCGAUGAGCAAAAGGAGCUGAUAAAAGCCAAACUACAGAAUGAAGGCGAAAAAAAGGCUGCCGACCUUCUCCUCCAGGAAAUUAUAAGUAAAACCUAUCCAGAAGGCUGGUUCAGAGAACUCAUAACUGCACUUGAAAUGGUCGGAUGUAAACAAGCAGCCAACUAUAUGGAAAACAAUCCUCCCAGUCCGUCCUUAGAGGCUGAGAAUGACACCUACAUCCGGCUGAUAGACCUGCUGAAGCUCUCUCUAAUCAACAUAAAGACUCGGGAUGUGUGUCACAGCUGUUAUGAGAGGAAUAUUCUUACCGCCGAGGAUCGCGAGACUAUUUUAGCAGUGACAGAACAACAUGGGAACAUGGCCGGAGCUCGUGCACUGUUGUCUCAGCUGCCAAAGAAUGAGUUUGGCUGGUUCUCACAGUUCCUGGAUGCUUUGGAGAAGACAGAACACAUCAGGCUGGUGCAGGAAUUACGAGGAGAACCUGACGAGCCCAGUGAAUCAUCAGCUGAUGCUGACAAACCACAAUCUCUAAAGGAUGAGAGUGAAUUGGCUACACAGACUGACACAAAGAUGGGGGACGAGGUUUUGGAUAACCCUGCCCCCAGAUCUCUCUCUCCCCCUCCCAGUUUGGCCUCUGGCUCCUCAGCUGAAGCUGCAGCUCUUGACAGAAGUAUGGACAGCAGUAGCUUCCUUUCCUGUAUGGACUCAUCUGCUGAGCUUAGCAUUGGAGGCACAGAUUUGGACCUUUAUGAAGGCAGUGAUGAAGAAACAACAGAGAGCUCGGAUCAAUCAGUGAAUGAGAAAGAGAUUGUGCUGCGUGAUUAUCAGACGGAUGUCGCUCGUCCAGCUCUGGAGGGAAAGAACAUCAUCAUCUGUCUCCCGACAGGAAGUGGUAAAACCCGAGUUGCAGUGUACAUCACCAAACAGCAUCUGGAGAGCAGAAAGCUAAAGGGACAGCCAGCAAAAGUUGUUGUUCUGGUUAACAAGGUGCCCCUGGUGGAGCAGCACUACAAAGCAGAGUUUGGGAAGUUUCUGAAGCACCAGUACUCUGUAGAGAGAGUGAGCGGAGACUCACAGCUUAAAAUCUCCUUCCCACAAGUCGUUGAGAAGAAUGAUAUCAUCAUCUGCACUGCGCAAAUCCUGGAAAACUCUUUAGCCAAAGCCAAACAGGGUGAUGAGGACGGGAUCACAUUAUCACAAUUCACUUUGAUGGUAAUUGAUGAGUGCCAUCAUACACAAAAGGGAGGUGUGUAUAACCACAUCAUGAUCCGCUACCUGAAACAGAAGCACAGGAAUGCUAGGCUGCGAAAGGAACAGAAACAACCAGCGCCGCUGCCACAGAUCCUCGGCCUCACUGCUUCACCCGGAGUUGGAGGAGCCAAGACUCAGCAGAAAGCUGAAGAGCACAUUCUCAGAAUUUGUGCUAACUUGGACGCCUACACAAUAAAGACCAAAGCUCACGGAGAAGAGCCCAAGGGUCCAUACAAACGUAUUGCGAGUGCUCAGGAAAGAAAGGAGGAUCCCUUUGGAGAUGUGAUCAAAGGAAUCAUGAAUGAGAUUCACACACAUGCCCAACUGAACCCACUGUGCCAACCAGGCACACAAAAUUAUGAGCAGUGGGUGGUGCAAAAAGAGCAGAAUGCUGCUAAAGAAGACAAUCAGACAGUGCGGGUUUGUGCAGAGCAUCUGCGUCAGUACAACGAGGCUCUCUACCAGAGCAACACCAUCCGCAUGUGUGAUGCCUUCAGCUUCCUCGACAAGUACUACAAUGAAGAGAUCAAGAAGAAAUUUUCCCCUGACGAUGAGGACACAAUUCAGAUCACUGACACUGAACGAUUUCUCUUCAAAUUAUUUAAUGCUAAAAAAGAGCGUCUUCAGGAGCUGAUGAAAAACCCGCAGUAUGAGAAUAACAGUCUGGCUCAGCUGAGGGCGCUCAUCUUGGAGGAGUACACCACCAGAACUGAAGCCAGAGGCAUAAUCUUCACCAAGACUCGCCUCAGUGCCAUUGCUCUCAGCCAGUGGAUUCAGGAGAACUCAAAGUUUGAGGAUGUUGGCGUCAGAGCAAGCCACCUGAUUGGUGGUGGAGAUCAGAGUGUGGUGAAACCAAUGACUGCAGCAGAGCAGAGGGAGGUGCUGAACAAGUUUCGUGAAGGAGUGAUCAAUCUGCUGAUAGCCACUACUGUGGCAGAGGAGGGCCUUGAUAUUAAGGAGUGUAAUUUUGUUUUUCGGUACUGUUUGGUGACCAAUGAAAUCGCUAUGAUUCAGGCUCGAGGCAGAGGAAGAGCAGAGGACAGCAGUUACACAGUGGUGGAGGAGGCAGGAUCGGGUGUAGCAGAACGGGAAAGUGUGAAUGAAUACAGGGAAAAAAUGAUGAGCAAAGCUAUCGCCAGGGUGUGCACACUGAGCCGUGACGAGUAUGAAAAGAAAAUAAAUGAGAACCAGCUGCAGGCAAUUGUGGAGGAGCGUGUGAAGACGAAGAAGAAGGAUAAAAAGGGCAUGAUGAAGGAAGACCCCAGCAAAGUGAAGCUAUCCUGCAGGAGCUGUGGUGUAUCUGUGUGCUCUGGAGAAGAUAUUGAGAUCAUUGAGAGGAUGCACCAUAUCAAUGUGACUGCAGCAUUCAGAGAGCUGUUCACUGUCAGAGAGAACACUGCCCUUCAGGAGAGACUACUGGAUUAUGAGGCAAACGGAGUUAUAGCAUGUAAAAACUGUGGCCAGCGUUGGGGCUCUAUGAUGCUUUAUAAAAGCAUUGAAUGUCCAUGCCUCCACAUCAAAAACUUUGUGGUGGCAUACAACUCAAAGAAAAAGGUGUUCAGCAAGUGGAAUGAGCUGGCCAUCAGGUUCCCUGCGUUUGACUACGCUCACCAUGUCGUCACACACAACUCAGACGAUGAAACAGAGAUGGACUAAAUCAGUGUAAAAAGCAAAACAGUGCUCAUCUCAGUUUACUUACUGACAACUAGUACUGAACACCAUACUGUGCAUUGUGCCAUUGAAUGAAUGAUGCAUGAAGCUGUCACAAAAAUAUAAAGAUAUAUUGCUAUUGCCGCAUUCACGCCAUGAAAAAAAUCAACAGACCAUACAAUCAUUUACACUGGUAUGUGGAAUGUGAAUACUGUCUCUUUUAUUUCCUUUUAUGAAAAAUCUUUUUAACUCUGGAUGAUUUUCAGGAUAAGAAAUAUCUUAAAACAUACUGAUAGACAGUAUCAUCAUCUCUUUUAGUUGCUGUAAAAUGUUUUACAUUUUAAUGAUGAUCAAUUUAAUCACCACAUUUUUAUGGCUGCUCUGACUGCUUCCAUGAGAGUGGUGACUUUUUUUUAUUUUUUUUUUCUUGGACUAAUGCCAUUCAAUGCAGUUCCACUAAAACCUCUAAAAAUAUCUAAAGAUUUCUGUCACUUCUGUUUUCUUAAAAAAUACAAGUUCCUUAAUCAUGUGGAAUAUUUUUUCCUGUGAUACUUAAAUGAAUGAGAUAUUUAUCACUAUAAGCUCCAAAUGAAUUGAACACCUUUAACACCUUUACACUGUAAAAUCAGGUCAUUUAUGGCUUCAGCAGGUGAAGCCAAGAGGAGCAAGCCUUCAUGACUAGUCCAUGCAUGUUUUGUUGUUUUGCAGAUUUGGUACAGCACAUUGGGUAUGAUAUUUAAGGGUCAUUCCAUCUAAACUGUGUGAAGCCUAUAGUUGUUUUACCCCUAAAUUUUAUAUCACAUAUACAGUGUGCUAGAUUUCCAGUAAAAAUGUCAUUUUCCAUUGACUUACACAAUGCAGUGUACUUCUUUAGGGAAGGAUAUGGUUUAUUCCCACUAAACAAAUAAAUGUCUGAUGUGUCA